UUUUUUAGAUUACUUAUUUUCACAUCACCCUAACCAAAAAAUAAAACCAAACCAUUAAUUUUAUUUUAUAGAAUCUGUAUAUUUAUUUUUUACUGCAAUAAUUUUAUUUUAUAAUGCUCCAAAUUCAGGAAAACAACGAGAAAAGGCAAUUCCGUCUGACGUCUGGAAAUCCGCCCCUCCGAUAUGGCGUCUCCAGCCGCAGCGCCACCGUCGCCGUUCCAGUCUCAGAGAUCUCCCCUCGCUCCGUCUCCGGCCGCCGCCGCCGGCUCCUCCCCCAUUCAUCGUCUUUCAACUUUCACUUCCCCCCACUCCGCUAACACUGCCACUACCACGUCCCCCUUGGAUUCCUUUGCUUCCGACCCCGUUUUCUCCGCCUUCCUCUCCCCUUCCUUCUCCUCCAGUUCCUUCUCCUCCGCCGCACUCUCCUCCGGUUCGCCAGCCUCCACCGCAGAGAAGUUGCAGAAGGCCAUCCGUCUCCUCGAAUCGCAGCUCCGCAGUGAGGUCCUCUCUCGCCACAAUGACCUACUCUCUCAACUCUCCUCUCUAAAGCACGCCGAGAAUGCCCUCUCCACUGUUCGAUCCGGUGUCUCCUCCCUCCAAUCCUCUGUGCGCCGCGUCCGAUCCGAACUUUCCGAACCCCGAAAUGUCAUCUCUACCAAGACCAUCCAGUUCUACAAUCUUCACCACACUACAGAACUCCUUCAGCAUACGAUCCGCGCCCUCCGUUUGUCGAAGAAGCUUCGCGACCUUGCUUCUGCCUCUGCCGAUGAGCCCGAGAAGCUGGAUCUCGCCAAGGCUGCACAGUUGCACUGCGAGAUCUUAAGUCUUUGCAAUGAGUUCGACCUCGCGGGCAUUGAUGUCAUUGAUGAGGAGUUGAAAUGGGUCAAUGAAAUUGGGGAUAAAUUGAGAAGUGAGGCUAUGAAGGUUUUAGAGAGAGGAAUGGAGGGUCUGAAUCAAGCCGAGGUGGGGACUGGAUUGCAGGUAUUUUAUAAUCUUGGUGAAUUGAAGGCAACAAUAGAGCAAUUAAUGACUAAGUAUAAGGGUAUGGGGGUGAAGAGCGUGAGUGUGGCAUUGGAUAUGAAGUCGAUUUCGGGGUCUGCUGGAACUGGAUUUGGUCCGGGAGGAAUAAGGGGAAGUGGGACGCCACAGAUUGGUGGCGGUGCGAAGGCAAGGGAGGCGCUCUGGCAGAGGUUGGGAACUUGUUUGGAUCAGUUGCAUUCAAUUGUUAUAGCUGUUUGGCACUUGCAGAGGGUAUUAUCGAAGAAACGUGACCCUUUUACUCAUGUUUUGCUGCUUGACGAGGUUAUCCAGGAAGGUGAUUCCGUGUUAACAGAUCGAGUUUGGGAGGCUCUUGUGAAGGCUUUUGCUAGCCAAAUGAAGUCUGCUUUUACUGCAUCAAGCUUUGUCAAAGAAAUAUUCACUAUGGGAUAUCCAAAACUAUUCUCAAUGAUAGAGAAUCUUCUUGAAAGAAUUUCUCGUGACACUGACGUCAAAGGGGUCUUGCCUGCAAUAAGUUCAAGUGGAAAAGAUCAGAUGGUUGCAGCCAUUGAAAUAUUCCAGACGGCAUUCUUGGGUUUCUGCUUGAGUCGGCUAUCUGAUCUUGUUAGCUCUAUAUUUCCAGUCUCAAGUCGUGGUAGCGUCCCCUCGAAAGAACAGAUCUUAAAAAUCAUAUCACGUAUUCAGGAAGAGAUUGAAUCUGUUCAAAUGGAUGGUCGUUUAACUCUACUUGUGUUGCGUCAAGUUGGCAAGGCUCUUCUGCUGUUGGCUGAAAGAGCUGAAUGUCAGAUAUCUACUGGUCCUGAAGCACGCCAAGUAAGUGGUCCAGCAAUUCCAGCCCAACUUAAGAAUUUCACAUUAUGUCAGCAUCUGCAAGAAAUUCAUACUCGGGUGUCAUCUAUGAUCACUGGGCUACCCAUUAUUGCUGCUGAUAUUUUGUCUCCAUCAUUAGGUUCAAUAUAUGGGGUUGCCUGUGAUUCUGUGACAUCGUUAUUCCAAGCUAUGCUUGACAGUCUUGAGUCUUGUAUAUUGCAAAUUCAUGAUCAGAACUUCGGUGUACUGGGUAUGAAUGCUGCAAUGGACAAUAAUGCAUCACCUUACAUGGAGGAACUGCAAAAGUACAUUCUUCACUUCCGUAGUGAGUUCUUAUCAAGGCUGUUGCCUUCAUCCAAAAAUGCAACCGUCUCUGGAACGGAAAACAUUUGCACUCAGCUUGUAAGAAGCAUGGCGUCAAGAGUGUUAAUUUUCUUCAUCAGGCAUGCUUCUCUGGUCAGACCUCUUUCUGAAUCAGGAAAACUACGAAUGGCCAGGGACAUGGCUGAGCUGGAGUUAGCUGUGGGCCAAAAUUUGUUCCCUGUAGAACAACUUGGUGCACCAUAUCGAGCUCUUCGAGCAUUUCGUCCUCUUAUAUUCCUGGAAACGUUUCAAUUGGAGGCAUCUCCACUACUUCAUGAUCUGCCAGCAAGUGUCAUACUUCACCAUCUAUAUUCUCGAGGUCCUGAGGAGUUGCAGUCUCCGAUGCAAAGGAACAAACUUACUCCUCAGCAGUAUUCGUUGUGGUUAGAUUCUCAAGGUGAGGAUCAAGUUUGGAAAGGUAUCAAAGCAACCCUAGACGAUUAUGCCACCAAGGUAAGGGCCAGAGGAGACAAGGAAUUUAGCGCUGUAUACCCUCUUAUGCUUCAAGUAGGAUCAUCAUUGACGGGUAAUUCUCGAGCUACAUAAUGGGCUUCAUGUUUACCACUGUUCUUUUCCAAAAAAGAUUUGGCCCGGUCAAUGUUUCAGUGUAGAUUCUGUGAUGAAGAUGCUGUGGGAUAGUACCAGAGAUACCAUGCUCGAUUGAUCACUACGUGAAGUUUAGGUACCCAGUCAUUUAACUAUAUCAUAGUUAUCCGUCAUUGAGCUUCCUUUUCCCAGGUUAUAAAUGCAGGACCAAAUUAUUUUUGUUUUGCUGAGACCGUCAAAUCCACUGG